AUGAAGAGCCAUAUUUUACUAUCGUCUCCUGUCCUCUUCUUGGCCUUCUUCCUCCAAGCAAUGAGCCUCGCGCACGGUCACUAUAGCGAUCAGCAUUGGUACGAGCCUCGAGAGCAGCACGUACUCUCUGCCCCAGAAAAUGCAAGACCCAUGCCAUCACUCAUCAUCGACACAUUUCAAAAUCCAACGCACAACGAUCUCGGUUUCUGGCAUGGUGCUGGUGAAGAUCUGGCCAUGCAGUACCAACCUGGCUCCAUGCAACUCUUCCCAACUGACCCGGAUCAAAACUAUCAUACACAAUUCGAAACGAACGGGUGCUUCAGUAUGAUUCCAUGGCGAAAUCAGUUCUUACAUGUUGAAUUUGUCGGCACCGACCAGUUCACCGUUUCCUUAAACGAGCAUAACGAGGACUGCUACCCUCACCGUGCUCCGUUCCCGGGUGUACCAGACAGUAUUGAGGCAUCACGAUAUAUGAUGAAAAUGGGCCACGGUAGCACCGGACAUGAUGGAGAUGGCCAUGAACACGAUGAGCCCAUUCGCGAGGAACACGGCAAGAAGCAGAUAUCCAAAGACAACGGUGGCGGCGAUGAAGACGACCAGACCCCUGCUGCGCCGCCGAAGAAAGAGCUAUUCAUUCCGCUUUCUCACUUCCUGAUCAAUCAGAAUCGUGUCGUAUCUGUUUCCUUCUCGGGAUUUUAUACCAAUAGGUCCAUCACGCUGCAUCGGGUCGAGAUUGUUUCGAGUGUUCCGCCGCCGAGAAAGGAAAAUAACUACUUCAAGAUUCCCGAGAAGCUGCCUACGGGCGAGUUGAUUCUUCGAUGUACUCGGCCUAAGUCGUUUGCGUUCGGGAUUGAUGAUGGGUCGCCUCGCUUUGCGCAGGAGGUGAUGAGGAUUCUUGAUGAGGAGAAUGUUCGUGUUACGUUUUUUGCUGUCGGAGCUGGACUCAGGGAUACAACUACGAAUCUCACCAGGUUCUAUCGUGAGAUGCUAAAGAAGGGACAUCAAGUUGCCCUGCAUUCUAAUACUCAUCCCAAAAUGGAAGCCCUGCCGACAAUUGACAAGAUCGAUAAUGAAAUUAUCCAAGCCCAAAGAACCCUCAAGGAACAACUCGGGAUCGAAUGUGACUCUAACAACAAUGGCAGCGUCGCACGGGGCGGCAAUCUCGCUGUAAUGCACUUCCUCAACCCCACGACCGUCGGGUAUCUACGCCAGUUCAUCCGACAUGUCAAAGGCUCCGGGUUCAAAAUCAUGCGCAUUGACCAGUGCAUGGAGGAUCCCGACAGCCCACCAUUAUCGUGA